GGACCCCGCGGUCGACGGCGGAGAGCUACGAAAUGGGACUCAAGUACCCGAAGAUCAAGAGGGAAUCUCCUCCCAUGAGGGGCUUUGAGGGGGCCAUCGCCAAGGGCAAGCUCUACGACGGGGUCACCACCAUCAAGGAGAUGGGCCGCUCCAUCCACGAAAUCCCCCGGCAGGAGCUGCUGAAUCAGGAGAGCCAGAAGAACCCCGACAUGGUCCCCGGCGUCCGGCCCAUCAUCGAAGGCUCCAUCUCGCAGGGCACGCCCAUCAAGUACGAGAGCAGCUCCUGUCAGUCGGCCAUCAAGCACAACGUCAAGUCCCUGAUCACCGGGUCCAGCAAGCUCUCUCGAGGCAUGCCGCCCAUGGAGAUGUUACCCGAGAACAUGAAGGUGGUGGAACGCGGGAAACACGAAGACCCCAAGGCCGGAGAGAUGCGUUCUCGCCACACCUCGGUGGUCAGCUCGGGACCCUCCGUCUUGCGGUCAACCCUCCACGAGGCUCCCAAGUCCCAAGUCAGCCCGGGGAUCUACGAGGAUGCCAACGCCAGAAGGACCCCGGUCGGCUAUCAAAGCAUGUCCAGGAGUUCACCCAUGAUGAACCGGGCCGAAGGCAACCUUUCUUCGGGGAAGCCCUUGAAUCACGAGAGGAAGUCCACUUUGACGCCGACGCAACGGGAGAGCGUCCCGGCCAAAUCACCGGUCCCGGGGGUUGACCCCGUAGUCACGCACAGUCCCUUCGACCCCCACCACCGAGGGGCAGCCCCCGAGGUCUACAGGAGCCACCUCUCGCCUCACCUGGAUCCGGCCAUCCAGUUCCACAGAGCCUUGGAUCCCACGACCGCCUACAUGUUCCAGCGGCAACUCUCGCCCACGCCGGGCUACCCCAGCCAAUACCAGCUUUAUGCCAUGGAGAACACGCGGCAGACCAUCCUGAACGACUACAUCACCUCGCAGCAGAUGCAGGUCAACCUGCGGCCGGACCUCGCGCGAGGACUCUCCCCGCGAGAGCAGACCUUGGCGCUUCCCUACGCGGGGGCCAGAGGAAUCAUCGAUCUGAACAGCAUGGCGCCCACCAUCUUGGUGCCCCACCCUGGGGGGCCGAGCACACCCCCGAUGGAGAGGAUUACCUACAUUCCUGGCACUCAGCUGGCCUUCCCCACCAGGCCUUACAACCCACCUUCCAUGUCUCCAG